AUGACGUCCGCCGUGGAAUCCUCCCAGUCCAAUCGCUGGUUCACCGUCCCCCGCCCUAUUCGAAAUCUCUUCAACCACUUUCCCCUCCAAGUCUACGGCCCUGAAGAGCUACCCGUGCGAUCCCCCGCUACCGUGCGCCAACGACCUGCGUUAUAUGUAUUUGUCGCCGAUGAGGAUGCAUUGUCAGGGAAGCCGAGCUACAACCCUUCGUGCUUGAAAUGGCAGACUGUGUUGAAGAUCGCGGGUAUCGAUUUCGAUAUUGUACCUUCGAAUAACCACGCUUCACCCUCCGGCGCAUUGCCCUUCUUAUUACCAUCUUCGUCGCAACCCUCGAGACCCCUCACUGGCGAAAAGAUCCACAAAUACGCCCGUGAGCAUGCCGCUCAUGAAUUCCCCAACAUAUCGUCACCACGCCUCGAAGCCUACGAAGCUCUCCUAACACAAAAUAUCCGACCAGCUUGGUUAUACGCUCUCUACCUCCUGCCUGCCAACGCCCCGCUUCUCAAGAGUCUCUACCUCCCCUCCUCGAUCCUCCUCCGCGCACCCCUCCACCAGACUCUACACGCCGCCGCGACUGCCGAGAUUCUUAAGACGACACGCCGCGCGACCAUCUCACCAUCCCAGCUUUUUGCCGAUGCAACAACUGCGCUAAAAGCUCUUUCCGCUCUACUAGGAGACGACAAAUGGUUCUUUGGUGCUGAGGCGCCGGGCAUAUUCGACGCAGACGUGUUCGCCUACACAUAUCUUAUGAACGAGGAUGCGCUAGCCUGGGAGGACAACUCACUAAAUGAGUGCUUGGAAGAUUUAGAGAACCUGAGAAGACACAGACAACGUCUGUAUAAGCGAUACUGGGGAGCAAACAAGUCUUAA